AUGUUGGAUUGUUUAAUUAUAGUAAUAUUCGUUUAUUUCAAACUCAUACUUGCAAAUGUUCACCCAAUUACAAUCCAUGGACAUUAUUUUGUCAAUAGUGUAACAAAAGAACCAGUAUGUACAUUUUUUGCAUUAAUUUCAAAGCUAAUUACUAACAAUGUUAAGUUUUACAUUAAAGGAAUUGACUAUCAACCUGGAGGAUCAUCCGCAGUUUCAAAAGAGAAAGACCCACUUAGUGAUCCCGUUAUAUGUGCAAGAGACAUUAUCUUAUUUCAAGAAUUAGGAAUAAAUACGAUUAGGAUAUACUCAGUAAAUUCAGAUUUAAAUCAUGAUAAAUGUAUGACAAUGUUAGCUAUGGCUGGUAUUUAUCUUGUUUUAGAUGUUAAUUCACCAUUACCAAAUCACCAUUUAAAUAGGUAUGAACCAUGGACAAGUUAUAAUUUAUAUUAUUUUGAGAAUAUUUUCAAAAUUGUUCAACAAUUUUCUUUUUAUAAUAAUACAUUAGGAUUUUUAGCAGGAAAUGAAGUUAUUAAUGAUCCGAUAUCAGCAUCGGUUGCUGCUCCUUAUAUUAAAGCAGUUAUUAGAGAUAUUAAAAAUUAUAUCAAUUAUAAUUCUCCUAGACAAAUUCCAGUUGGUUAUUCUGCAGCAGAUGAUUUGAAUUAUAGGAUAUCAUUAGCACAAUAUUUGGAAUGUGCUGACAAUAAUUUGAUGGAAAGUGUUGAUUUUUAUGGAGUAAAUUCCUAUCAAUGGUGUGGUGAUCAAACAUUUUAUAGCUCAGGUUAUAAUAUUUUAGUCAAUGAUUAUAAAGGAUAUACAAAGCCAUUAUUUUUUUCUGAAUACGGAUGUAACGAGGUUUUACCUAGAAAUUUUGAUGAAGUUCCAAUUUUGUACACAAAUAAUAUGGUUGAUGUAUUUAGCGGUGGUUUGGUUUACGAGUUCACUCAAGAACCGAAUAAUUAUGGAUUAGUUGAAAUAUUACCUAACGGUGAUGUCAAAUUAUUAAGGGAUUUUGUUCAAUUGAAAACAAAAUUUGAUACUUUACCGGAUUUAGAUUAUGAAUUUAUUGUCAAUUCAAUGAAAUCAAACGCUAAAGACAUUAAACAUAUGAUAAAACAAUACAAGUCACCAAUCCCCAAAUGUAAAUCCCUGUAUCCAAAUUUGAUCAUAUCCGCCGCUGUCCCACCACCAGUUGCUGAUGUAAUGAUUGAAUCAGGAUUUGAUAUAGAUAAUGGAAAGUUUGUUGAAUUGACUAAAGACGAAUUGAAAACAAAUUUUAGAUUUUAUCAACCAAAUGGUGAAAUUUUAAAUACAUUAUAUGAAGUAGAUGUGGUUGUCGAUUUUGAAAUAGCGUCAUCAGAUAAAAAGGGUAUGUAUGAUUCUCGGGAAUUGAAUGAAGAAAAACAUACCGCUGGAAAAUUAUAUAAUGACACUUCUCCAACUGAAUCAAAUGAAAACCUAAAGGAACCACCUCGAAAGCACAAUUCAUUCGUUGAAACGAUUAACAAAGCAACUGACUCAGUCAAAAAAUUUUGGGCCAAUUUGUUCCACCAAAACUAA